AUCUCAGCCUGAACUCAAAGAUGUCUUCCACAUCCUUGCUAGUAUUGCUGCUGGGACUGGUGGUUCUCACUACCUCGUCUCUUGCUGACUACCCCAAGCAUCCCCCACUUCAGAAACCACCUACGGAACACCAACCACCAACUAAACCUCCCAAUGGAGAGAAGCCACUCCCCGAACACAAGCCACCAAGUCCAUUUGGCAAACCACCCCAGGGAGAGAAGCCACCACCACAACACAAGCCAUCUGACAAAACUCGUAAGCUUCUCCAGGUAGAGAAGCCGCUUCCGGAGCACAAGCCGCCGGUGAAGAAACCACCUACGGAACACCAGCCACUAACUGAACCUGCCAAGGGAGAGAAGCCAGUUCCCGAACACAAGCCACCAAGCCCAUUUGGCAAACCACCCCAGGGAGAGAAGCCGCCACCAGAACAGAAGCCAUCUGACAAAACUCGUAACCUUCUCCAGGGAGAGAAGCCGGCGGUGAAGAAACCACCUACGGAGCACCAGCCACCAACUGAACCUGCCAAGGGAGAGAAGCCACUCCCCGAACACAAGCCACCAAGCCCAUUCGGCAAACCACCCCAGGGAGAGAAGCCACCACCAGAACACAAGCCAUCUGACAAAACUCGAAACCUACUCGAGGGAGAGAAACAACUCCCGGAGCACAAGCCACCAAGCCCAUUAGGCAAACCACCAAAGGGACAGAAGCCACCAGCUCCUACCCAGAAGCCACCCCACAAACCACCAUCUCCUACCCAUCCCAACUGAGUGACUUUGGUUAGUUUGAGAUUUUGAGUAAUACGUAAAAUAAGAGCUGCUACCCGCUGUGCACUUAUCAUGUUACUCUUUCCCUGCGAGCCUAUAGGUUCUAUGUAUAAGUCACUGCUAUGUUUCUGUUUGAGAAUGGUGAUGAGUACUCAUUGUAGGUUUCUCUACCUUUGUAACACUAUCUCUUUUAUUAUGUAGUAAAUAUUGAGUGUUACUUAUGGUGCUAUCUACAAUCCAGAUUUCCUUCUAUAUAUUUAUAUUUCAUAUUUACUAUUA